AUGCGGCAUGCAAAUCAUAAAGUAUCGGCUAGAAAGGUAGGAGGAGGAGGAGGAAAUGGAAUAGUGGCAGUGGCUGUAGACAAGGAUAAAGGAAGCCAAUACGCUCUUAAAUGGGCUGUUGAUUCUCUGCUCGCCAGAGGUCAAACUGUUUUUCUCAUCCACGUCUUGCACGGGACAUCCUCACCUGUUCCCACAGGGGGUAGCGAGGCCAUCAUAUGUAACAUCACCGAUUCAUCUUCAUCUCUGCAGAGAUUCCAACUUGAUAACACUACCAAGGAUUUGUUUCUCACUUGCCAUUGCUAUUGUACACGCAAAGAUAUACAAUGCCUUGAUAUCCUACUCGAAGACAAUGAUGUUGUGAAAGCAAUAACAGAAUAUGUCUCUUAUGCUGCAAUUGAGAACUUGGUGGUUGGUUCAACAUCCAGGCAUGGGUUUAUUCGAUUUAAGUCAUCAUCAACUGCAUCAAGUAGCAUAUCAAAGGGGGUGCCGGACUUUUGUACCGUGUUUAUCAUUUCAAAGGGAAAAAUCUCCUCAGUUCGGAAUGCUACUCGUCCAGCCGCACAUACAUCCCCACUUCUGAGCCAUAUACGUAAUCUAAACAAGGACGAAAAUCAACCUGAAGUACCCUUCAGAAAUAAGAAUACAGGAGAAAGGACGUCAAUCAAACCUCAGAACUGGCUUGAUGAAUCUAUUACGUCUCCAUUUCCAAGGGGAAGACCGAGUAGAAUAUCAUUGGACUUCCCAGAAUCAGAUACGGAAAUAUCAUUUGUAAGCUCCGAGAGGCCUAGCACUGCUCGUUCAUCCUCCGUUUAUGACUAUAUUGAGGCAGGCCGAACUUCUCGAGUUUCUACUAGUUCAGAUCAUAGCUAUGGAUCGACCCGAUUAGGACUCAAAUUCAAUGACCCCAAUUCACCCGAUACGUCAUUCUCACAUGAAAGCAAUGGAACAUCAUUCACGUAUUCAUCACAGAGCUUGGAUGAAGCAGCAGAAGCUGAUAUGAGGAGGCUGAAACUUGAGUUAAAGCAAACGAUGGAAAUGUACAGUACAGCAUGCAGAGAAGCACUAACAGCUCAGCAGAAGUUAAUGGAGUUGACCCACUGGAGAAUUGAGGAAGAAAAAAAAUUAGAAGAGGCACGAUUGUCUGAGGAAGCUGCGCUAGCAAUUGCAGAGAAAGAGAAAGCAAGAUGUAGAGCAGCCAUGGAAACUGCUGAAGCAUCUAAGAAAAUUGCCGCGGUUGAAUCACAUAGAAGAGCGAGUGCUGAAGUUAAAGCUCUCAAAGAAGCAGAGGAAAUGAGGAAGCUUUUGGACAAUCUAGCGCAAACUGAUGUAAGAUAUAGGAGAUACGGUAUCGAGGAGAUUGAAGUAGCCACUAACUUCUUUUCUGAAUCCCAGAAAAUCGGGGAAGGAGGUUAUGGCCCUGUUUAUAAAUGUAUCCUUGAUCACACUCCAGUUGCUGUUAAGGUUCUACGUCCAGAUGCUGCUCAAGGGAGGACACAGUUUCAGCAAGAGAUUGACAUACUGAGCUGCAUGCGACAUCCAAACAUGGUGCUUCUUCUAGGAGCGUGUCCAGAGUAUGGCAUACUGAUUUAUGAACAUAUGGCUAAUGGAAGCUUAGAAGAAUGCCUGUUUCACAAAAGGAAGAAGAAUGUUCUGUCCUGGCAGCUGAGGUUCCGAAUUGCUGCAGAGAUAGCAACGGGCCUAUUAUUCCUUCAUCAGACCAAGCCUGAACCUUUAGUACACCGUGAUCUGAAACCAGCCAACAUUUUGCUAGACCAGAAUUAUGUGAGUAAAAUAGGCGAUGUUGGAUUGGCAAAGCUUCUCCCAGCAGUAGCUGAAAACGUAACACAAUGCUGCAUGACAUCAGCAGCUGGAACAUUUUGUUAUAUUGAUCCUGAGUAUCAGCAAACAGGAAUGCUUGGCGUGAAGUCGGAUGUUUAUUCUCUGGGAAUCAUUUUUCUUCAAUUAUUGACAGGAAGGCCUCCAAUGGGAUUGGCUCACCGCGCCGGAGAGGCUUUAGAGAAGAACAGGUUUGAGGAAAUGCUGGACCCAUCUGUCACCGAUUGGCCUCUUCAACAAGUCUUGUGCCUUGCGAAGAUAUCAAUCAAGUGUGCGGAACUCAGGCGAAAAGACAGGCCAGACCUUGCCAAAGUAGUGUUGCCAGUGCUCGAUAAACUGAGAGACUUUGCCGAAGAAAAAUUGCCCAUCAUUUUGAGAUGCACUGCACCUUCACCCAGUUACAGUGAAACUUUCCUGCAACAGGAUAUGAUGAGUGACCCGCGGCUUGUACAUUCCGUAGGCUCAUCAGCUCCGUCAACGCCCACAGACUGA